ACAAACAAGUUCGCCUACUGUGAUACCGUUGUUGUUGGGGUUGUCAUCGUCUCUGCUUCUGGAGCUUGGAGUUGCAGUAAGCUCAUGGACUGCCUUCAGGAAUGGCCAGAACCGGUUGUUCAUGUCCAGGCCUUGUCGGACAGCGCUCUGACGACGAUUCCAGACCUGUACAUUAAGCCGCCGUCCGAGCGCCCGUCGUCGGACAAAGGCGUCGCCACGCCCCACAUCCCGGUGAUCGACCUGGGAGGGCUGGCGGAGGGCGCGGCUGAAUGCCGCGCCACCAUCUGCGCCGUGGCGGACGCGUGCCGCUCCUGGGGAUUCUUCCAGGUGGUGAACCACGGGGUGAGCCCGGACCUGGUCAGGAAGGUCCGGGAGGUAUGGCGAGGCUUCUUCCGCCUCCCCAUGGCGGAGAAGCAAGCGUACGCCAACAACCCCAGGACUUACGAAGGCUACGGCAGCCGCGUCGGCGUCGAAAAAGGUGCCAUCUUGGAUUGGGGUGACUACUUCUACCUCCACCUCCUCCCCGAGUCCAUUAAGAACCAAGACAAAUGGCCUGCCCUGCCGUCUUCUUGCAGGCAGACGGUGCAGGAGUACGGAGACGAGAUGGUGAAGCUGUGUGGGACGCUGAUGAAGGUGCUAUCCAUAAGCCUGGGCUUGGACGUGGAUCAACUGCAGGCCGCCUUCGGAGGCGACGACGUAGGCGCCUGCCUCCGCGUGAACUACUAUCCGAGGUGCCCGCAGCCGGAGCUCACCCUCGGCCUCUCCCCGCACUCCGACCCGGGCGGCCUCACCGCCCUCCUGGCUGACGACUGCGUCAAGGGCCUCCAAGUUCGGAGAGGCGACGAUUGGGUGACCGUCCAGCCCGUCGCCGGCGCUUUCAUCGUCAACAUCGGCGACCAGAUUCAGAUUUUGAGUAACGCAAAGUAUAAGAGCGUGGAACAUCGAGUGACAGUGAAUGCAGCGCAGGAGAGACUGUCGCUCGCCUUCUUCUACAAUCCGCGGAGCGACUGGCCGAUCGCGCCGGUCGGCCAGCUCGUGACGCCGCAGAGGCCGCCGCUCUACCAGGCGACGACCUUCGACGAGUACCGCAUGCACGUCAGGAAGAAUGGGCCGACGGGGAAGACGCAGGUGGAAUCAUUGAAGGCCAUAUGAUCCAUCCGAGCGUCAGCUAAUCAAAGCGUGACCUAACGAACCAUCUUUAGCUAAUACUCAUGUUCGCACAUCAUGCCAUUUAUCAAGCUUGUUUGUGUUAUAAUCUUUAGCUAAUACUGAUGAUAAGCUGUGGAUUAAGAGCGUUGUUCCACAUGAAGCUUUCCAUGA